GCGCGAGAAGCCGAGGGAAGAAGGGAGGACCAGCCGGCGCUGGAUGCUGGCGGAGUGAGGGAAGGGACUCGCUGGCCAGGGGACAGGGUCUGCUGAGGAAUGCGUUCUGUGGAGAGGUGAACCUCCAGAAAGGCCAGGUGUGAGCAAGGACGCUCUUGUUAUAGGGGUUCCUAGUUGUAGGGGGGAUCAUUAAGUGCUCAUCGUUAACGGAAAGAUGCUUGCUAAUUAGUGUACCCUGGAGACUGAGGCAGGCAGAUCCUGAGUUCAACACUAUCCUGGGCUACAUAGAGUCUGUCUCAAAAAAAAAAAAAAAAAAAAAAAAAGUGUUAGCAAGUGUGAUGACUCAUGUGCAGGUUUGAAGUGUUGUUUACUUCUGGGAGUCACCAAGUGGGAAAAUUGGCUGGAUUGGUUGCGUUAAUUGACCUGUGGUUGGGAUGCAGCAGUCUGUGGGAGAAAGGCUAGGGAAAUCAGUGAAGAGCCUUUAUCGGGGAGGAUGAGUUAGCUAACACUGACAACAGGCAGCAGAUGGUUGACUGGUGUCAGAAUAAGGGAUAUGUCGGAAACAUUAAACUUGCCUUAGGAAGGAAGUGGGAAGCAGGCAGAGUGGCCCACGCCUGUAAUCCCAACAUUUGGGAGACUGAGGGAGGAGGGUUCUGUGAGUUUAAGGCCAGCUUGAGCUACAGGAGACAUUGUCUCAAAAGAAGCGGGGAGGGGCUCACUUUUGAAGGUGGGAAAAAUCCAAUAUUGGUGGUGGUAUGAAGAGUUUCCUUGAUGACUUCCUUUACUGCUGUUGGAGCCUCUAUCAAAUGCAAGGUGAUGUCAAGAAAUUAGAGGUCCAUGAAACUACCCUCAACUCUAGGAGCUAAAGAAGUUACAGUUCCCUGUUGCCGUAGCCCUUCCCCAGAUUUAAUUUAGCAUAGGUGCUCCCUAGAUUGCCUCCUUGUUUCCCCCACCCCCUUCCCUCUCUUCCUUCCAUAGUAAGACUGCCCUUUAGCCCAGAGUAGAAUCUGCCAUUUUCUUGUGCAACAAAGUUUGGGGAGAAGAUGAAGGGGAAAGAGCACAAAAAACUGCAAAGUGGUUUUGGGAAUACCACAUUAAAACCCCAGCCUCUCCCAGAAGCACAUCCAAAUAAACCCUGGCUUUGUCGUAGCUAUUCCUGCCAGGCUUCUAUUUUUGCUUUGUUAACUAUGAAUUUGGACCUUCAUCUCCUUUCAGUCCUUGCUUGUGAACAGACUUCUCCAUCCUAUGAUCUCCCAUCACAGGGUUGCAGUAGAAUUCCAAGAACAUGGCUGGAUAGUGUUUAAAAACAACAACAACAAAAAAAAAAAAACAAAAAAAACAGGGAAUACCUAAGGAAAGGGCAAUUGGUGAAGGAAUCUUAGACACAGGGAAAUCUAUUUCAGAAAAGGCACAAAGAGUGUGAUGAAAUUCUAAUUGGGGAAAUUGUGAGAUAUCUUUGGGAAUGCCACAGUUAGGUCACUAAAAGGGAAUUCAAAGGAAGGUCUGUCAGUCAGGAGGAGUUUGUGUGUGCAAACUGCAGUGCAUAACUGGAGACGUCAAGUAGAAGAAUGUUCUGUCUUGUGGUUGAGCAAUAGAGGCAUCAGAUGAGGAAGACUGAGACGGGUAAGGUCUAUAUAAAGGUCAUCUAUAAUUUUCUAGUCAAAGCGGCAACCCUAGUUGUAAUGGAAGAAUUUUAAACUAAAAUAGAGAGAGGAAUUAUUGAAGACUUUAAAACUCUGUAAGAGUAAGUUAACUAAUUUACUCAAGGAGUUCUUGGCUUCAUUAGGGUUGGCAGUGUUUCUGAGAACUUCUAUGGAACAUGGAAAAUUUCUAUUGAGUGACUCCAUUUUAUUUUUGGAAAAUAAUUAUAGUUGUUCAUACCCUUACAACUUACGAUUAGCAGAUAUUAGCCUUCUGAUCUUUUUGAGUUUUGAAAAUAGACAUAUUUAUAGGCAAGGUUGUAUAGAUAUCAUUGGAAACUCUUAGCGCCAUUCUCUUUUUUUCUUCAAAUGUAACUUCUCUUACAGAUUUGUUGUCUUUUCAGUCCGUUUCUUGAAAAUUAUGUAAUUUUAUUUUGUUUUGAGGGAUCCAUCUCAUUGUGUAGCCCUGGCUGGCCUGGAACUCACAAUGUAGACCAGGACAGCCCUGAACUCACAGGGAUCUGCCUGCUUCUUCCUCCCUAGUUCAGGUACUGGAGGCAGGCACCAUUACACCCAGAUUUAGUCUGCUUUUAAAGGGGUACUAACUGGGGGCUGGAAAGAUGGCUUAGUGAUCCCUGGCUGUUCUUUCAGAGGACCUGGGUUCUGUUCCCAGCACCAAUGUGUACGGAGGUUCCUGCAGGCAGAACACCCAUGCAUAUAAAAGAAAUGCUUAACAACGACAACAACAAACUUGUAAUUGCCUAUGCAGUCAUAAACAGUGCAUGAUGUUUAUUUAUGCAAAUGGGUGUGUUUACCUUGGCAGUUUGUAGUUGAAAACUGUUGCAUAUAACUUACAUAUUUAGUGUGUAUGUUUGUGGACCCACAGAACGCACACAUGUGGAGGUUAAAGGACAACCUGUGGAAGUCAGUCCUCUCCCUCCGCCAAAUAGGGCCUAGGGUUCAAACUAAAAUUGUUAGACUUGGCAGCAGGUGCCUCCAUCUGAUCCAUCUUCCUGACCUUCAUUCAUUUUUAAAAUCUGGUAUUUUUUCUAUAUAUACUGCAUCACAAUUUACCAUUCUCCUUAUGGCAUCUGGAUUGUUCUUAGUUUUCCCCUUAGGCAACAAUGACAUAGAGAAGGCAAGAAUGUCCUUGUGUGUGCCCACAUGUGUAGGAGAGUCUUGCCACAGCUGUCUAUCCAUCUUGGUGCUGCUAACAGUUUGGGCUGGGUAGAUCUUGAGAUAGCAUAUACAUUUUAGAAUUUCUCAUGGCAUUCCCUUCGUCUGCUUACUAGAAACCACUAUCACACCCUUCCGGUUCUGGUAACCAGGAAUGCCCCUGACAGAUCUCUCUCUGGUACGGCAAAAUCACAAUAGAGUUUUCCACCUAAACUCUAGGCUUAUGUUCGCAGAAGUGGAACUGCCAGCUUUCUCUGAUCCAAAUUCAUUUUUACCAAUAUGGCCUUAGGACUUUCCCAGUGUAGCUGCUGCUACAAAGGACCUUGUCUGUCUUGCAGUGCUAGAGGACAGUGGAUGGACCACUGAGACUGCAGUUUGAGAAUGGAUUGAAAACUGCUGUGUGAAUGUUUACAGUUUCAACCUCCAACUAGCACCAGACUUCUUUCCUUGACCUGAUUUUUUAAGGUGGUGUGGGUGAAGGAAAAAGGGAGAGCACAGAUGUUACUGUCCUGAGACAAUGCUUAGAGUGGAAGUGUCCUCAAUAAAGGUUUCUUGAGCUGAUUGCAGGUAGUAGCAAGGAUGGAGUUUAAAGGCAGAACUUUGGAGUUGCAGCAUCCCUCUGCCCUCGGGAGUCAACAGUAGCCUUCCUUGAAGAACUGCCUCUUCUAUUUGCUGCCUGGAGUUAACAUUGUUUCCUGCUGGCAGAAUCAGGGAGAUGCCAGCACUUUCCCUCUCAUUGUCUAGUUCCCUGUACCCUAUCCCUACCCACUGUGAGGGUACUGGAUUCUAAGCUGAAGUACCCACUUCUGCAGAGCGGGAUGAGUGGGUGCUCCGGCGGGGAUGUGGUCAUUGACGGCCAAUGAGGACGAGAACACUACAGCCCACUUCUUCCUCGGAGCUGGAGAUGAGGGGUUGGGCACCUGUGAAAUAGGCAUGAGGAUGGAAGAGAGUGACAGUGAACUCCUUGAGGACGAGGAGGAUGAAGUGCCUCCAGAACCUCAAAUUAUUGUUGGCAUCUGUGCCAUGACCAAGAAAUCCAAGUCCAAGCCAAUGACCCAAAUCCUUGAGCGACUCUGCAGGUUUGACUACCUGACUGUUGUCAUCCUGGGAGAAGACGUGAUCCUCAAUGAACCUGUGGAGAACUGGCCAUCCUGCCACUGCCUCAUUUCUUUCCACUCCAAAGGCUUUCCUCUGGAUAAAGCUGUUGCCUACUCCAAACUUCGAAACCCCUUCCUUAUCAAUGAUCUGGCCAUGCAGUAUUACAUCCAAGAUAGGAGGGAGGUGUACCGCAUCCUGCAGGAGGAGGGUAUUGAUCUGCCGAGAUACGCUGUGCUCAACCGUGACCCUGCCUGUCCCGAGGAGUGCAACUUGAUAGAAGGUGAAGACCAGGUGGAGGUCAACGGAGCCGUCUUUCCCAAGCCCUUUGUGGAGAAGCCAGUGAGUGCAGAGGACCACAACGUUUACAUCUACUACCCCAGCUCUGCUGGAGGAGGAAGCCAGCGCCUCUUCCGUAAGAUUGGCAGCCGGAGUAGUGUUUACUCUCCCGAGAGCAGCGUCCGGAAGACAGGAUCAUACAUCUAUGAGGAGUUUAUGCCAACAGAUGGCACAGAUGUUAAGGUGUAUACAGUGGGGCCAGAUUAUGCCCAUGCUGAAGCUAGAAAAUCUCCAGCUUUGGAUGGGAAGGUUGAACGAGACAGUGAGGGCAAAGAGGUUCGAUAUCCAGUCAUGUUGACUGCCAUGGAAAAACUGGUGGCCAGGAAGGUCUGCGUAGCUUUUAAGCAAACAGUUUGUGGAUUUGACCUUCUUCGUGCCAAUGGUCACUCCUUUGUGUGUGACGUCAAUGGCUUCAGCUUUGUCAAGAACUCAAUGAAAUAUUAUGAUGACUGUGCCAAGAUUCUUGGGAACACCAUUAUGCGGGAGCUUGCCCCACAGUUCCAGAUACCAUGGUCCAUCCCCACAGAAGCCGAGGACAUUCCCAUUGUCCCUACCACUUCUGGCACCAUGAUGGAACUCCGCUGUGUCAUUGCCAUUAUCCGUCAUGGAGAUCGAACCCCAAAGCAGAAGAUGAAGAUGGAGGUGACACACUCGAGGUUUUUUGCUCUAUUUGAAAAACAUGGUGGAUAUAAGACGGGAAAAUUAAAACUUAAGCGACCUGAGCAGCUCCAGGAGGUGCUGGACAUUACGCGGCUGCUGUUGGCUGAACUGGAGAAAGAACCAGGCAUUGAGAUUGAGGAGAAGACGGGGAAACUGGAGCAGCUGAAAUCCGUGUUGGAGAUGUAUGGUCACUUCUCAGGUAUCAACCGGAAGGUGCAGCUGACUUACUAUCCCCACGGAGUGAAAGCUUCAAAUGAGGGCCAAGAUCCGCAGAGAGAAGCCCUGGCACCGUCUCUCUUGCUAGUGCUGAAAUGGGGUGGAGAGCUGACUCCUGAUGGCCGAGUUCAGGCCGAGGAGCUGGGUCGAGCUUUUCGUUGCAUGUACCCUGGAGGCCAGGGUGACUACGCUGGCUUCCCUGGCUGUGGGCUGCUACGUCUCCAUAGCACUUUCCGUCAUGACCUCAAGAUCUAUGCCUCUGAUGAGGGCCGAGUCCAGAUGACUGCUGCUGCCUUUGCAAAGGGCCUCCUGGCUCUAGAAGGAGAGCUUACACCCAUUUUGGUGCAAAUGGUGAAGAGUGCUAACAUGAACGGGCUGCUGGACAGUGACAGUGACUCGUUGAGCAGCUGCCAGCACCGUGUGAAGGCACGGCUGCACCACAUUUUGCAGCAGGAUGCACCCUUUGGCCCAGAGGACUAUGAUCAGCUGGCUCCAACUGGAAGCACUUCUCUGCUCAAUUCCAUGUCUGUAAUCCAGAAUCCUGUGAAAGUCUGCGAUCAGGUGUUUUCCCUGAUUGAAAACCUUACCCGCCAGAUUCGGGAACGGAUGCAGGACCCCAGCUCUGUAGACCUGCAGCUCUAUCACAGUGAGACACUAGAGCUAAUGCUGCAGCGCUGGAGCAAACUAGAGCGAGACUUUCGACAAAAGAGUGGGCGCUAUGACAUCAGUAAGAUCCCUGAUAUCUAUGACUGUGUCAAGUAUGAUGUACAACACAAUGGGAGUCUGGGACUUCAAGGCACAGCUGAGUUGCUACAUCUCUCAAAAGCUCUGGCCGAUGUGGUCAUUCCCCAGGAGUAUGGGAUCAGUCGAGAGGAGAAAAUGGAAAUUGCUGUGGGCUUCUGUCUUCCACUACUGCGGAAGAUCCUACUUGACCUGCAGAGAACCCACGAGGAUGAGUCUGUCAACAAGCUGCAUCCCCUGUACUCCCGUGGAGUGCUCUCUCCAGGCCGCCAUGUUCGAACACGCCUCUAUUUCACCAGUGAGAGUCACGUUCACUCCCUACUCAGUGUCUUCCGUUACGGGGGACUUCUGGACGAGACGCAGGAUGCACAAUGGCAGCGAGCUUUGGCUUAUCUUAGUGCCAUCUCAGAGCUCAACUACAUGACCCAGAUUGUUAUCAUGCUUUAUGAGGACAACACUCGGGACCCAUUGUCAGAGGAGCGGUUCCAUGUGGAGCUACAUUUCAGCCCUGGAGUGAAAGGUAUUGAAGAAGGCAGUGCCCCGGCUGGCUGUGGAUUCCGUCCAGCCUCGUCGGAGAACGAGGAGAUGAAACCAGAUCAAGGCAGCAUAGAGAACCUUUGCCCAGGGAAGGCAUCAGAUGAACCAGACCGAGCAUUACAGACCUCACCCCAACCUAUUGAGGGCACUGGCCUCCCAAGGAGAUCACCCCUCAUUCGGAAUCGCAAAGCUGGCUCCAUGGAGGUCAUGAACAUGCAGUGCACAGGGAACCUGGACCUGAUCCCCUUGAGGGGACGGCGCCGAAGGAGGUCAGGAGACCUCCCCCGGCUCUCCCCAGCCAUCGGCCUACAGCCCCGGGCUGUGUCCACCACUCACCUGGCUUCCUGCACACAGGUGCUGUCUGAAACUUCAUCUUCAAGACCUGGUGGCUACCGGCUGUUUUCAUCUUCACGGCAACCAACAGAGAUGAAGCAGAGCGGCCUAGGCUCACAGUGCACAGGGCUGUUCAGCACCACAGUGCUGGGCGGCUCCUCCAGCGCUCCGAAUCUUCAGGACUACGCCCGCAGCCAUGGCAAAAAGCUCCCGCCUGCCAGUUUAAAGCACCGAGAUGAGCUCUUGUUUGUCCCGGCCGUAAAACGAUUUUCUGUGUCGUUUGCAAAGCAUCCGACUAACGGAUUUGAAGGGUGCUCCAUGGUACCUACCAUCUACCCCCUGGAAACACUACAUAAUGCCCUUUCCUUGCGUCAAGUGAGUGAAUUCUUGACUAAAGUCUGCCAGCGCCACACUGAUGCCCACGCACAGGCAUCUGCAGCCCUCUUUGACUCUAUGCACAGCAACCAGGCCUCAGAUAGCCCAUUUUCCCCACCCCGUGCUCUUCAUUCACCACCCUUGCAACUUCGGCAUCGCUCUGAAAAGCCACCUUGGUACAGCAGUGGCCCUUCCAGCACCGUGUCCAGUGCUGGCCCUUCCUCUCCUACUGCAGUGGAUGGAAACUCACAUUUUGGCUUCAGUGAUCAGUCCUCUGUAAAUACACAUGUGACUGAAGAAAACCAAGGCCUUGGGUUGCUCCAGGAGGUUCCUGGAGAUGGAAUACAAGAGUUCCCUAUAGAAAGGCAACAAGAGCUUAUUGAGCCAAAUCAGUCCCCUCAAGAACCACCUGUGGAAAUCAGCGCUCUAGGUCAGGAUGUCGCUGAGGUCAGCCAGACAUGCCAUGACAUCCUUGAGAAGGUUAGCCAGCCUAACCAGGAAGUUCCUGACAUCAGCCAGCUGUUCCUGAAGAACCAUGACACUGCUACCAACACUUGUCAGCCAUGCCAGAAGGCUAGCCAACUGUCUCAGGAAGUUUUCCAACUUUGUCAAGAUAACCCUGAGGAGAGUAAUCAGGUGUGCCAGGAAGUUCCUGUGGAGCUGGGCAGGAUGGCCCAUGGAUUCUCAGUAAACAUUGAUAGCAUGGUCCAGGAAACCUUUAUAGAAACUGGCAGACCAACUCAAGAGAUCUCUGAAGAGAUGGGCCCACCAUUCCAAGAGUUCCCUGUGGAGGUUGGCAUGCUGGCUCAGGAGGUCCCUGCCAACAUCGAGUUGUCUCAAGACAUCCUUGAGGCUGACAGUCCAUCCCAAGAGCUCACUGCUGUGGAGGCUGGUCUUCAGGCUCAGGAGAUCUCUGAGGAGAUUGAUCAGGACUCCAAGGUGGUCCCUGAGGUGGUUGAUGAGCUUCCCAGUGAGGAUGUCCCCCAAGGCCAGUGUCUGUCUAGUGAUGUAAACACUGAAAGCCAGUCUCUGGCCCAUGACCAGCACUCUUCCCUUCCACCAGCAAUGUUUAAUUAGUUGCUUUCUCAUUGGUGUCACAUUCUACCAGCCAUUUGAACCAGUAGCCCUUCUGUUGGCUAAUACACUAGCCCGAGCAAGGCCUAGGCUCGCACUAGGGGUAUCUGAGGAAGUAGGCCUUCUGGCAGGAAACAUGCUUCUGCCAGAGCUUAUGCCUAAGGAAGAGCUAAUUUAUGUUCAAAGCAGCUAUUAGCUCUUCACUUAGCCGUGGGGUGGGAAAUUGUAGAUUGUUCAAUGAAAUGUCACUGAACUGUUGUAGAUACUAUUGAGGGAACAGCAAAUAUAAAAUGGAAGGCAGCAGGUCUCUACUUGUUGAAGGUAUCCCCAGACCAUAUGUGCAUUCAAGGAAGCUCUAGUCUUCACUAUCACAGGCAGGCCCAGGAUAGCUACCUCAGGUGUCUGCAAAAUAGUGUUCCCUUCUCAUAAACAGCUGUUGUGGCCGCUCAUGGUUUAGACUGGGCUUGUGGGUGUUUCCUUGUAAUUGCCAAGUGUUCCCUCUGCCCUAGUCCUGCCCCUCUGGACAGUGACUCCAGAGAAAAGUAGAUAUUAGAUUGCCAUGCAACCUCAGAGUGACUACUUAGAACGCUUUGGAGAUUUGGAUCAGUCUAUGAAGCUAGGCCUCCGGUUGUUGUGAGGCUGUUGGGCUCAGAAAAUGCUGUAGUAGAGAGAAUCAAGUUCUAUUUUAAGCAAUUAGCAGAGAUCAAUGUUGUACAGACAUGAGCAAAGAUUUAAUAUAUAUAUAUAUAUAUAUAAACAUAUAUAUUUCUGUAGUUUGCCAGGGACAGACUGGCCAAAGAUCAAACACUCCAGGGUCCCCAAGAGGUGUGUCCUUAUAUCAUGUGUCUUUAGGACCGUAUGUGAUUAUGAAGCUUUUCCCAAAGAUCCAGGGAUGGGAGUGGGCGUGGGUAAUGCAGUCAUUGGGAGUCAGGGGCCGGAACAUGACGAGUGCUCAAUAAAUACAAAAUAAUGAGAACGCUGACAGGUGUUGCCUUUGUGAACCCAAUAGUGAAUAUGUAAGUCAAUCGUGUCUGUGACUGAAUCUGUAAAAAACUAUUGUAGUUGAGCAGGGAUUGGCUUUAAAAAUAUAUAAGUCUGGCUUCUCCCUGUA